AUGCUGAAACGGAAGCGCGAAGGCAACGCUAGGGGCCCUGGAGGCGGGGGCGCUGAAGGGAUGGGACAGCGUAGAGGAGAGGUGGAGGAGAAGCUGGUGCAUGGGAAGAAGAUGCUUAAUCGGGCGCUGAAGACGGCGAAGGGGUUUGAGUGGCAGAAAUUGGUGAAGCGGAUUACGAAUGCGAAGGCGGAGGAUGCUGCUGGGCAGGUAGUUAGGUUGGAAAGGGAGCUUAAAGUGUUGAAGGAUCUCGAGAUGCAGGCGCUGGCAGAUGCGCAUGUGCAUAAGACGCUGUUGAAGUCGAAAACGAUCGCGGAGUCGGGAUUACUGCCGGAUUAUGUGAAGCCACCAGUGCGAAAAACUGGAUCGGAGGAGGAUAUACUUGCUAUGGAUAAUGUGACGGCGAGGCUAUAUAAUACGAAGCCGGUGAAGGAGAACAUGACCCAUAUUAUGACGAGCAUCUAUGCAGUUACGGGAAUACCGAACCCAGCGAAUAAGCCGAAGUUAAAAGGGGAAGAGGCCAAGGAACCGCCGGCAAAGAAGAUGAAGAGAGACGAUAAGGAUGCGGCUACGAGAAGGAAUACAGAGAAGUUGGUGGCUGAUAAGAAGGAGAAAAAGGAGGUAGAGCCGACUUGGGAAGGGUUUGAUUCCGGAUCUGAGUCUGAUGGAGAAUCCAUCGACUUCUCGAAAUACGAAGGGCGAUUGGGCGGGUCGUCAGACGAUGACAGCUCUUCCGAUAGCGCGGAAGAGCUGAAGAGGCCGGCAAAGCCAGUAAAGAGAACAAUUAAGUCAAGAGGGAUUUCGGUGUCAGUGUCGGGAUCGGAUGACGAAGGCGAACCAGAGGAAUGGCUUGAAUCCGACGAAGAAGAGGAUUCGGACGAAGAUGACGACGAUAAUGUCAUAGAGCGAUCUCACUCUCCACCUACGCGGGAGAAAAAGAAGCAACGUGAGCCACCGAAGCCGUUAAAGCCUGGAUCACAAUUCUUACCCACGUUAAUGGGUGGCUAUUGGUCCGGAUCUGAGGAGGAGGCUACCGACGUAGAGGACGAGGUUGCGCCAGCUCCAAGAAAGAACAGACCGGGCCAGCAAGCGCGUCGCGCUAUUUGGGAGAAGAAGUUUGGAAAGGGGGCGAACCAUGUUAAAAAUGCGCCGCCACCAAAGGAGAAGGAUGUUGUUUGGGAUGCUAAACUUGGCGCGGUAUCUUCUGAGGGCUCUGGUAGAGGAAGAGGUAGGGCUGGAUUCACUCGGAACAGGUCCCAGGUUACAGGUGAGAACGCUUCUGAGCUUGGGCCGAGGAAACCACGGGGACUGGGGAAGAAGGAUGAUGUGGGGGUCCUGCAUCCUAGUUGGCAGGCGGCGAAGAAGGCCAAGGAGGAGAAAAAGGCAGCCAAGUUCGAGGGCAAGAAGGUCGUCUUCUAG